AUGGGCUUCUUUCUAGGGGACCAUUUUGAAGCGUAUGUUGCGGUGGAAUCUUCAAGUAGAGAUCAGAAGAAGAAAUUUCCGGAUAUGAUGUGUAUUGAAGAAAAGAGCACUACUUCUAUACAGAGCAAGGGUGACGGUAUAAAUUAUAUUGACGACUACCUACGUGUCAAAUUUGUGCUGUAUGGUGGAUUUGAACAAUCGCCGGAUACUAUGAAUACUACGGAUUCCUGUAGUGGUGUUGAUUAA